CGUGGAGAUAGAAACUCCUUUGAUUUGGGGAUCAUUGUUUAUUUGGUGCUUCUCCCUUUCUGCUUCGUCUGUGCUGUUUUUUUAUUUUUAUUUUUUUCUUUUCUGAUAAGGUGACUCUAAGAAAAAUACUACAGAGGAUCCGAACAAUUUGUAGUUUUGGUUGAUACACACAGAGAGAGAGGGAGAGGGAGAGGGAGAGAGAGAGAGAAUGAGUGGGAAUGUAAACUCAGUGUUCUACGCAAAGACAUACCAUCCGAUUCAGGCAGGAAGCAUUGACGGCACUGACAUCCUCCCUCAUGACAACGCCGUUUACAGAGCUCUCCUCUGUUCCCAAGCUGGCCUCUACGACCCCUUUGGCGAUCCAAAGCUCAUUGGAGACCCUUAUUGCACUAUCUUCGUCGGUCGCCUUUCUCACCUCACCACUGAACAAACCCUUCGCAAGGCUAUGAGCAAAUAUGGAAAGGUUAAGAACUUGCGAUUGGUCAGACACAUUGGUAUAAUUCCUUUUUUUUUUUUUGUCAUUGUAUACGUUCUUGUUCCAAUAAUAGCUAUCUUAGCAAUUAGAAUUUCAUAUACACCUGUUGACUAUAAUUGUUUGAAUUUCAUCUGUAAGAGUUAUUUGCUAUGUGGUUUUCUAUUUAGAAUCCUUUCUACUGUUUAUGCAUUUUUUCCCCCUCGGUUGGCAACCUUAGCCAGGAGCAAAUCAUAUUGGGGUGUUAUUUACUCGUUUUGGAAGUGCUUUCUCUUCAAUCAAUAUUUUAAGUUAUUCAAUCUGAAUUUUAUUUUAAAUUCUUAUCCGUCAAAUACAAGUUUCCUUCAAGUAAAUAUAUGGUACCUUCCAGACUCUGGAAUUUUGAUGUAAAUUGAACGCAAAAAU